AUGCGGGAGUUUAUGCGGGAUAUGUGGCUGGAGAUGGAUGAGCUACGACAUUCUCCUCCAGCCAACCAGCCGAGAGAAGCCCCUCCUUGUAGCCAAGUGAGUAAAGGCAUCUUUUCACAGUCAGAGGUGACCCAAGAGAAGGAGAUGGAAGAGCAAGACCUAGAAGGACCUGGACGUGGCAAGAGAGUAAAGAAAGGCCCCCAGCCCAUCCAAGCUGGAAGUGGCAUUGAAUCCUGGGAAACAGCUGUGCCAGAAAUCUGGGAUCAGGAGCCCCUGAACUCAGAAAUACAGUGCCGACGCUUCAGGCAGUUCCGCUACUGUGAGGCUGAGGGGCCCCGAGAGGUUUGCAGCCAGCUCCAUGGACUUUGCAACCACUGGCUGAAGCCAGAGAGACACACCAAGAAGCAGAUCCUGGACCUGGUGAUCCUGGAGCAGUUCCUGACCAUCCUGCCCCAGGAAAUGCAGCACUGGGUCAGAGGAUGCAGGCCGGAGACCAGUUCCCAAGCGGUGGCCCUGGCUGAAGGCUUCCUCCUGAGUCAGGCAGAGGAGAAGAGGCAGGCAGAACAGAGUUGGGGUCCAUCCAUGAAGAUGGAAGCUGAGUUCUGUGAGACGGAAGGAGUUUUGUUGGAGGAAGGGCAGCGGGCCCAGGCCCAGGAGCAUGCCCAAGAUGCCCUCUCAUGCGGCAGUGAAGAGGCAGUGUUGAUCCAUUCUCUUUGCGAAGGUGUGGAAACUGCUGUUGCACCUCCAGUCCACUCUUCAGUUUCCUUUGGUGAGGUAGCCAUGUAUUUCACUAAGGCAGAGUGGGCCCUGUUGGAUCCAGACCAAAAAGCUCUCUACAGGGAAGUCAUGCUGGAGAACUACAGGAGCGUGGUCUCUCUGGGGGAUGAUCAGUGGAAGGUGGGUGAUGAGGAAUUGCAUCACCUCUUAACAGAUGAAGUGAAAAGUGUAGAUUUGAAAGGAAGCUUCAGGAUUCAAGGCCAACCUAAGAGGCAAAAAGUAUGUCACAUGGACGAGAAGAAAGAUAAACCCAUUUCUGGCCAAGGGCAGGAUUUCCAUGAACGAAGCCACAUGGUGGAGGAAGCAUAUAAGUGCUUGGAGCGUGGAAUGAACUUCUCAGAUCAAAACCAAUAUGAUAUCCAUUUGCAAAUGCACAGUGGAAAGAAGACCCAUCAAUGCUUGGAGUGUGGCAAGAGCUUCCUUCAUAGAGCAGAACUCCUUAGGCAUCAAAGAACACACAUAGGUGAAAAACCUUAUCGCGACUCAGACUGUGGCAAGAGCUUCUCACACAGAUCAAAGCUCCUUGUGCACCAAAAAAUACACACAGGGGAGAAACAUUUUCAGUGCUCCGAGUGUGGAAAGAACUUCAGUCACAGUGGCACUCUUCAACAGCAUCAAAGAACCCACACUGGGGUGAACCCUUUUGUAUGCUCUGAGUGUGGAAAGAGAUUUACUCAAAAUGGGCCCCUUCAAAGACAUCGAAGAACCCACACAGGGGAGAAACCUUUUGAAUGCUCAGUGUGUGGAAAGAGAUUCAGCCAGAAUGGCAAUCUUCAACAGCAUCAAAUAACCCACACAGGGGAGAAACCUUUUGAAUGCUCAGAGUGUGGAAGGAGAUUCAGUCAAAGUAGCAAUCUUAAAAAGCAUCAAAGAACCCACACACGGGAGAAACCUUUUGCAUGCUCAGAGAAUGGAAAGAGAUUCAGUCGCAGUGGCAAUCUUCAACAGCAUCAAAGAACCCACACAGGGGAGAAACCUUUUGAAUGCUCAGAGUGUGGAAAGAGAUUCAGUCUCAGUGGCAAUCUUAAACAGCAUCAAAGAACCCACACAGGGGAGAAACCUUUUGCAUGCUCAGAGUGUGGAAAGAGAUUCAGUCAGAGUAGCAAUCUUCAAAGCCAUCGAAGAACCCACACAGGGGAGAAACCUUUUGCAUGCUCAGAGUGUGGAAAGAGAUUCAGUCAGAGUGGCAGUCUUAAAAAGCAUCAAAGAACCCACACAGGGGAGAAACCUUUUGAAUGCUCAGAGUGUGGAAAGAGAUUCAGUCGCAGUGGCAAUCUUAAACAGCAUCAAAGAACACACACAGGGGAGAAAGCUUUUGCAUGCUCAGAGUGUGGAAAGAGAUUCAGUCAAAAUGGGCCCCUUCAAAGACAUCGAAGAACCCACACAGGGGAGAAACCUUUUAUAUGCUCAGAGAAUGGAAAGAGAUUCCGUCACAGUGGCAAUCUUCAACAGCAUCAAAGAACCCACAUAGGGGAGAAACCUUUUGCCUGCUCAGAGUGUGGAAAGACAUUCCAUUUCAAUGGCAAACUUCUACAGCAUUUAAGAACCCACACAGGGGAGAAACCUUUUGAAUGCUCAGAGUGUGGAAAGAGAUUCAGCCAGAAUGACAAUCUUCAACAGCAUCAAAGAACCCACACAGGGGAGAAACCUUUUGACUGCUCUGAGUGUGGAAAGAGAUUUCGUUUUAGUGGUGAUCUUCGAAAGCAUUUAAGAACCCACACAGGGGAGAAACCUUUUGAAUGCUCAGAGUGUGGAAAGAGAUUCAGUCACAGUGGCAGUCUUCAUACGCAUCAAAGAACCCACACGGGGGAAAAACCUUUUGACUGCUCUGAGUGUGGAAAGAGGUUUCAUUUUAGUGAUGCGCUUCAAAAGCAUUUAAGAGUCCACACAGGAGAGAAACCUUUUGAAUGCUCUGAGUGUGGAAAGAGAUUCAGUCAUAGUGGCAGUCUUAAAAAGCAUCAAAGAACCCACACAGGUGAGAAACGGUUUGAAUGCUCAGAGUGUGGAAUGAAAUUCAGUCACAGUGGCAAUCUUAAAAGGCAUCAAAGAACCCAC